AUGACGAGCGUGGGCGACGUCGCCUUCCGGGACUGCUACUCUCUUGCCUCUGCCACGCUCCCCGACUCCAUCACCCACCUUGGCCACGCCGCCUUUUACGGCUGCUCAUCCCUCGCAGCCCUUGCUCUUCCCCGCGGCAUUGCAGUCCUCGGUGAUCGACUUCUCGAGGGCUGCACAUCACUCACCUCCCUCGACAUCCCACGCAGCGUCGUCACCAUCGGUGAUAACGCCUUUUACGGCGCCACGGCUCUAGCCUCCCUCUCGCUCCCCGGCUCGGUCGCGAGCAUCGGGGCGCACGCCUUCUACGGGUGCACGAGCCUGACGGCAGUCGAGGUGCCCAAAUCUGUCCAGCACGUCGGCGAGGGCGCCUGGUGGGGCUGUACCUCCCUCCGCUCGGUCGCCCUUCCCGCCUCACUCUCGGCUAUCCCCGCCUCUGCGUUCAAGUCUUGCACGUCGCUCGAGUCCAUCGCGCUCCCCGCAUCAGUGACGCGCAUCGCGGACCAGGCUUUCAACGGGUGCUCUUCUUUGACAGCCUUCUCGGCGCCCACCGUCAAGAGCCUCGGAGACGCCGCCUUCUUCGGCUGCAGCUCCCUCCGUGAGAUUGAGUUGCCGGAUGCGCUUGAGAGCAUCGGCGACGCCGCCUUUAGCGGCUGUACGGCACUCGAACACGUCCGUAUCCCGGCGUCUGUGGGGAGUAUCGGUGAGCUCGUCUUCAGCGGGUGCAGCAGUCUCGCCAUGGUCGAGCUGCCCGACUCCCUCACCGCCAUUGGCUUGGGCGCCUUUAUGGGCUGCGCGGCGCUCCCGUCCAUAGACAUCCCUGGCAAGGUGACCGAAAUCGGUGACUUUGCGCUCAAGGGGUGCACGGCCCUGGCGGACGUCGCCCUGCCGCCAUCGCUCACUCGCAUCGGCGACUAUGCCUUCCAGUACUGCGCCUCGCUCGCAGCAAUCGCCCUCCCGCCCUCUCUGUCGGCCCUCGGCAGCGGCGCCUUCCGGGAGUGCUCCUCGCUACGCAGCGUCGACAUCCCGCCCUUGGUUACGGCCCUCGAGCAGCAGGUCUUCUACGGCUGCUCGUCGCUCGCCUCCGUACUCCUCCCACCGACUGUCACCGCCAUCGGCAACAGCGCCUUUCGAGACUGCAUCUCUCUUCAGUCGCUCGCCGUGCCCGACUCGGUCGCAAGCAUUGGCGACAGCGCCUUCAAGCAGUGC